GCCGCGCAGGGCCUUCCCGCGGAACUCGUGCAGGCUCUCGAAGUAUUCGUCGUCGCGGUGGCUGUCAGCGGCGAAGAGGACGUCCAGCAGCACGCGGCCGCCGCACAGCUCCAGCGCCCAGCCCAGGACUGAGACUCGUCAUCUCAAAAGCCUCACAGAGGAUAUCAAUGUCAUCCAGAUCUGUCAGUGCAAGAGAGUAUGAAAAUAGCGACCAAUUUCCUGGUCACUCAGCUUCUCCACCAGUCACAGAUUCCAGUGAAACUGAAGGCUUGAUAUUUUAUCACAUGGAUCUUUAUGGAUCAAAUGAGAGGUUUGAUAUCUUUCCUGAAGAGCCAUCUGGUCAAGGAAGCAGAUUUCUGAGAAAUACCAGCAGGGAAUCUGCAUUGAGUAGUGAAAAAUGUCAGAACUCACAAGAAGCCGCGUAUGACUUGGAAAAGGAGGUUGCAGAGCUGGCCAAGAUGUAUGGGCUUGAUGAGGACAGAGAAAAAGAGCUUGAGCUUCUUGGAGGGCAUCUGCAGACAGUGGGCAGCAAAUGGCUACCUGCUCACACACAAAAAUCGGGAUUGCAAGACUCUGCAUAUAAUGGAUCAAAAAGCAGCUCUCCGGUGAAAGAUCAAAGUCAAAGCACAAAGCAUCAGGAACUUCCUGAUGAGGUUUCUCAAGAUGAAGAUCAGAGCAAAGCCAGAGCAGAGGAUGAAGCUGAGAGCCACACGUGGUCCAGAGAGGGGCUUAGCAGCAGUGGCGUGUCAGAUGAGCGGAGCAGCCAGGCUGUCAGUGAGGAGGAAGAAACGGCAGAUGUUUUUUGCUGUACUUGCAAGAUACCAAUCCGAGCUUUUGACAAACUGUUUGGUGAGCACAAGGAUCAUGAAGUGGCUCAAUUAUCCAGUGCAGUGGAAAGUGAAAAGGAGGAGAUUCAUAAAAACAUGUGCAAAUUGGAAGAGCAGAUUGCUCAGGUGGAAAACUUUGCCAGUCACUUGGAAGAGAUCUUCAUUACUGUAGAGGAGAAUUUUGGGAGGCAGGAGCAGAACUUCGAGGUUCAUUACAAUGAUGCAGUGCAAGUGCUUGCUCAGAAAUAUGAAGAACAGUUGGAAGCACUGGGGGAAGAGAAGAGGCAGAAGCUGGAAGCACUGUAUGAACAGCUGGUCAGUUGUGGGGAACAUCUUGACACCUGCAAGGAGCUGAUGGAUACAACUCACAAGCUUUACCAGGAGAACAACAAAGUUGCUUUUAUGAAGGAAGCAGUAACCAUGGUUGACAGAUUGAAAGAAUUCUUAAAGAAAGAAGUGAAUUUAAAGCUUUCAACACAUUCAGACUUCGAAGAGCGUGCCAUAGAUUUCUCAGAAGUUGAACAACUUAUGAACUCCAUUAAUUCUAUUCCAGCUCCUUGUGCCCCUGUGAUCAAUCCCCAGGCUCCCAAUGCAGCAACUGGCACCUCACUGAGAGUUUGCUGGGGUCUCUUCUCAGAUGACACUGUGGAGUGCUACCAGCUGUGCUAUAAACCAGUGAGCAAUGAGAGGCACAGUGAUGAACAAGCAGAGAAUAUGCUAAAAGUCAAAGAAACAUACUGCACCAUUUCUAAUCUGUUGCCGAAUACACAAUAUGAGUUUUGGGUCAGUGCUUUAAAUGCUUCAGGCAUCAGUCCACCAAGUGAAAGAGCUGUUUAUGUAACAGCUCCUUCACCACCUAUCAUUAAGAGUAAAAAGAUACGAAGCUGUGAAAACGCAGCACUCGUGUGCUGGGAAUCUAGAGACGUUAAUCCUGUUGAUUCCUACACGGUCGAAUUGUCCAAGCUGACAGACAAAGAAAAUGUCGACGUUAUUACUGAAUCAAUUGUUGGGAUUCCUAAUUGCGAAGCCCUAAUUCAUCUGCAGCCAGCACAAAGCUAUCACAUUUCUGUUAAAGCCCUCAACCUGGGUGGUUCCAGUGAGAGAAGUGAACCUGUCCUGAUACACACCACAGGCACCUACUUCUGUCUUAAUGAGGACACAGCCCAUCCUUUAUUGGCCAUUCUAGAUGAUGGAUUUACAAUUGCAUGUGAUGAACUGGAAAACCCAGAGUGUGAUCUGCCCGUUUAUGAUAACAGCUUUACAAGGUGUAUCGGGAUCCUGGGCAGUCUGAUCCCUUUUCCAGGAAAGCAUUACUGGGAAGUGGAAGCUGAGGAAGAUACAGAAUACAGAGUUGGCGUUGCUUUUGAAAACACUCCAAGACAUGGUUAUCUGGGGGCAAACAACUCAUCCUGGUGCAUGAGACACAUCAUCACACCAUCAAGGCACAAGUAUGAAUUCCUGCACAGUGGGAUGACACCAGACAUCAGAAUUACUGUUCCCCCCACAAAGAUUGGUAUCCUGCUGGACUAUGAAAGCUACAGACUGUCAUUUUACAAUGCUGAUAUUGCCCAGCACCUUUACACAUUCAACUCACACUUUCAGCAUUAUGUCCAUCCCUGCUUUGCUUUGGAAACACCUGGUACCCUAAAGGUACAUACUGGUAUUACAGUACCUCCAUGGACUGCCCUCCUAUAAGACUGUGCUCUUCAACAGUCCUAUCCACAUAUAACACACACUGAGAAAUUCUCUCUUUCAGCAUUGUCCCAUCACACUCCCUAAAAUCCAGCUCUAUCCCAAGACAGCAAAGCAUCCCUGACCCAAACAAUCUGCCAGGCCUAGGCCCUUGGACAAUUUUAUCUUAUCUUAGGCAGCAUUUUAGAAGAAAAACAUUACGGUCGCAAGACUCAUCAGCACCCUGGAGCUAUUUGCAGAAUUCUUCAGGGUUAGAAGCAGAUACCAUCCUUCCCACAAGUGACACCAAGCAGCAGUGACAGAUGCAUUACUGGUUCUCCCAAUACCCAUUUUAUAUUUAGGGAACUCCCUGUUCCACAGCAAUCAUUAACUACACUCGUGUCUUCUGAGAAGCAAAAAAUUCAACAAAAAGCCAAAAUAGCAAAAGGCACAAUCACUAUACAGAUGCUAGACAAAACUGAAAACACUCUAGCCAUGAAGCUGAUCUUACAAUCAAGUACUCUUGUUGGUACACAGUCUGCACAAGAUAAUCAACUACACCUCCCCUGCGUGUGAACUGUUAGCACAUACCAUAAACAGCAGGAAGAUUGAAACAAUGAUGCUUACUGAAAUAAUCAAGCAUGCCAUAAAGUCUCAAACAUGAAAACAAACAAAAAAACAUCCUUGCCCAAUGCCCAUGCUUCUCAUUUAUUUAUCUAGGGAAAAAGCAAAAAACCAAAAUCACAUGGGUGCCUUUUGCAGUGCUUAGCUGCCCAUACACAAAAGUCUAAAUCAUCCUUUCUUACUUCUUUUUUUGGUGGCCAUCCUCACCUCUGCCUUGCUAUGUUCUCCACUCACAAAUUCUUCCCCCACUCCUCAGCACCAAGAGCUUUUAAUCUCUGAUGCUGUGCCCCUGAAGCUUCAGGCCACAGUUGUAUGCUGACAGUAGCAGUGCUGGCCCAGUGCUCAACCAGAACAGCCUUGUUAAGACCUUAUUUCCAGAUUCCAGACAGUUGGACUGGUACUACCUGUCAAGCGGGUUUGUCUAGCUCUCAACAGCCUCACUUGUGGGUGUCAAAAUGACCAGUAUUUAAGCAAGAGUCAUUAAUAGAUAGCUUUUCAACAGAUUUAUUGUACAUUCAUUACAAAAAUAAUUGGUUGAAAUUUUCUAUUCUAGGGGUUUGUCAGGAACAGAUUGUCUCUACAGUAGACAUGGUUCUUAUAAAUAAAGCUUGGCAAAAUUUAGAUUUGAUGUAGAACUGUGUGCCAAAAGCUUGUCUGUUUUUCUCCAAAUAGCUGAGAAAUUAAGAGAAGAAAUGCA